AGCACGGAGCUUGUGGGGAAGGAAAGCUAGGAGGGAUAACCAACCGGGUGUUUCCAGGGCUCCCCACCCCCAGCUUCCCUGUCCCCUCCUGAGGUCCCUUCGGGGCCCCAUCCUGGCCCCGCCCCCGCCCCAUUGACAAUAUAGGGCACCACUGCCGGUGCUCUCAGGCUUUGGCUGCCGACGGACACCCAACCAUGCCGGCAGACCUCAGCGGUACCUGGAACCUUCUCAGCAGCGACAACUUCGAGGGCUACAUGCUGGCUCUGGGCAUUGACUUUGCAACUCGGAAGAUCGCCAAGUUGCUGAAGCCUCAGAAAGUGAUAGAGCAAAAUGGGGACUCCUUCGCCAUCCACACGUGUAGCAGCCUGAGGAACUACCUUGUAAAGUUCAAAGUUGGAGAAGAAUUUGAGGAGGAUAACAAAGGCCUGGAUAACAGAAAAUGCACGAGCCUGGUUACCUGGGAGAAUGACAAACUCACUUGUGUACAGAAAGGAGAGAAGAAAAACAGAGGCUGGAGUCACUGGAUCGAAGGGGACCAGCUCCACCUGGAAAUGUUCUGUGAAGGCCAGGUGUGCAAACAAACCUUCGAGAGAGCCUGAGCCAUGUCCAACAACAAAGCCCACUCCGGGUAACCACCCAAUGCCAACUUAUCUUGCAGAAGGAACAGGUGUUUGUCUGUUUGGGGUUGAUCAAGGGCCUUAUAACUGGAAAGAUGUCACACAGCCUGUACGAGAAACUAUUUCAUUUCAGGACAGUUUCAGCUCCAAUAAACCUGUUCAAAUGAU